UCUACGAGCAGUAUGCGUUUGGAAGCGACAUGCUCAAACCGGCUACCAAGAAAGCGGAGAACAACUCAAUCUUGGCUGGGUGGGGCGGCACGGCCGUCGACAGCCUCUCGACGAUGAUCCUCAUGGGCCUCCAGGACAGCCCGCAGUACCAUCGCGCCGUCGAGCACAGCCGACGAAUCGAUUUCACGAGGACGCACGAGGGCGCAGACCAGGAGGGAGAGCCCAGGGUGGGCGUCGUCUCGAUUUUCGAAACGACGAUUCGCUACAUUGGAGGUCUGCUCAGCGCCUACCAGCUCGGUGGAGAGAGGGCGCAGGACCGUUUCAUGGUGCAGCAGAUGCAGACGCUCGCCGAUGGGCUCAGCUUUGGGUGGGACAAGGGCCACCGCAUCCCGUUCAACUAUGUCCAGAUCAACGCGACUCCUCCACGGCCCGACGACAGCAGCGACACGGCCAAUCUGGCCGAGGCUGGAAGCUUGCUGCUGGAGUGGCACUCGCUCUCGCAGUACUCGCAGAACAGCACCUACGGGGCACUGGCGAUGCAGAGCAUGCGUGCCAUCAUGGAGAGCAAGGGUGCUUUUCCUGGUCUUUUUCCCCAGAACAUCUGGCCGGGCAACGAGAGCUACAAGGAUGACUACCACACCUACGGUGGCGGUACCGACAGCUUCUAUGAGUAUCUGGUCAAGUAUCCUUACCUGAUCGGCGAGGGGCCGAACAGCGACUUUUACAAGCUUUACGAACAGAGCAUGGAUUCCGUCCAGAAGCAUCUCGUCUCCAAAAGUGGUCUCAACGGCAUCGUCUUCCUGACCGACUACAGCGAAAAGGUGGCAAACGGCACCAUCAACAUCUUUUCGCACCUGGCUUGCUUCGCGGGCGGCAACAUGGCCAUGGCUGGCCGCCUCCUGAAGCGCGACGAGUGGACGACGCUGGGCCUGCAGCUUGCCGAGUCGUGCGCGCGCGUACAGCUCGGCACGUCGCUCAAGAUUGCGCCCUCGGCCUGGGGCUGGUACGACGGCGACAAGCAGGCCAAAGGGUGGACGUACGUCAGCACGCCGCGCCGGCUGCACUACAACAAGGAGGGCUUCUUUGUCACCAACACCGACUGGGUCAACCGGCCCGAGAUUCUCGAGUCGGUGUUUUAUGCAUACAGGAUCACGGGCCAGCAGUUCUGGAGAGACUAUGCCUGGACCUUUUUCCAGCAGUGGAAGCAGUACUGCGAUACUGGCUCGGGCUGGGCGGGCAUUGUCAACGUCAAUGACGACUCCACGGGCCUGUACGACUCGCAGCAGACGUUCCUCUUUGCUGAGACAUUCAAGUACCUCUAUCUCAUCUUUGACGACCCGGACGCCUUUUCCCUCGACGAGUACGUGCUCACGACCGAGGGCCACCCCUUCAAGGUAAAGCCCAACCCGGAAUUUGGCAAGAUCCAGGGUACCUUGUAAGCC